AUGGCUAAGAUCCCACGCAACUUCCGCCUCCUGGAGGAGCUGGAGAAAGGUGAAAAAGGCCAAGGCCCUGAAGCAUGCUCUUAUGGCCUCGCCGAUGGAGAUGACUUGAUGAUGACCAAUUGGAACGGCACCAUUCUCGGACCGCCUCAUAGCGUCCACGAGAACCGGAUAUAUAGCGUCAACAUCCACUGCGGAGAUGAGUACCCCGAUAGCCCGCCGACUCUUUAUUUCGUCUCAAAGAUAAACCUCCCUUGCGUUGAUCCCCGGACUGGAAAGGUUGAUCUCGGAAAGCUUCCCACGUUAGCGACCUGGAAACGGGACUAUACAAUGGAGACUAUUUUACUAGAACUUCGGAGGUUUAUGGCAUUGCCUCAACACAAGAAGCUUUCCCAGCCUCCGGAAGGAUCGAAUUUUUGA